UGUUUUUUUUUUACGUGACGAUUCGAGAUUGGAGGGAUCAACUCCGACAGAUGGCGACUGAUUCUUUUUGUUGACGAACGUGAAUUGUUAACCUCAAAGUUGCUCCGAAAUGACGUAGAGUUUUACUCAGUCUUGCUCCGAUAAAUAAUCCAUUUUUAGGGUAGAAGUUAGUUCUGGUGGUGAGUUUAUUUGGUGUUCGUAUUCGGUGAUUUUUCAACAGUUUUUUUCGAGUGAUAAGAUGAAUCCACAACAUACAGGAAUGGUGAAUCCCCAGCAGUUUGGAGUAAGUGGAAAUCAAAUGAACAUGUGGAAUGCCCAGCAAGUGAUGGCCCAACAACAGCAGCAACUCGCUGCCCAACAGUCAGUAACGAUGCAGCAACAAUUGCAGCAGAUGCAGGCACAGCAGGCGCAACAGUUACAACUGCAGCAGCAACAACAGCAGCAACAGCAAAUGCAGUUGCAGCAGCAGCAACAGGCUGCGAAUCAGAUAGGCCAGGCGAAUCCUGGCGUCAGUCAGCUGCAGACUCCACAGACCCCAGUGGCGCCAAACGCCCAGCAGCAGAGUGGACAGCAGCAGCCAGGACAGGCACCACAAGCACAGCCUGGACCUCAGCAGCCACAACAACAGGCGAGCAAGGAGAUCAAUACCGUCAGUUUAUGCAAAUAUGGACAGGACACUGUUAUCGAUAUCGCCAGUAGAGCUAUGGAAGUCUUCCAGACCCUGAAAGUGCUUCAGGCACCUAUUGCAACAUCCCAAGGGUCCACAGCUGCCACAGAGAAGAAGCUUAAGAUCCAAGACCAACUGAGAAUGAUCAGACUGUUAUUCCGAAGGUUGAAAUUGAUUUAUGAGAAGUGCAACGAGAAUUGUCAGCUCCAGGGAAUGGAGUACACUCAUAUUGAGAGUUUGAUACCCUUGAAGGAAGAGUGGGAUAUGAAAUCUGAGGAGAAGAAGACCUCUGAGGCUUACAGACUGAAUUACAUGGACAGUAAAGAGGUUAUGGAGCAAGUGAUCGCUAAGAAUCGUCACUUGAAGGAUAUAAUCGACAACUUGAGACGAAUUAUAUCUGAAAUAAACACAAUGCUGAAUAUGCGAAGAUCCUAGUGAAUAAUUGUCUGUAAAUACAGUCUAAAUCCUUAGAAAAAUAAUUUAUCAUUUUGUACUGAUUAAUUAAAUGGAAUUUGUC